AAUGAAAGUGCGGAGAUUUGCCACUCCUUUGCACGGCUCUUCCAUUGCACGCUAGUGGGGCAGGGCACUUUCAGAGCCGCCAUAUCAGCAGCGGGUCAAGCACGGGGUUAAAGUCAACGUCGUGUCUCCCGGUGGCGUUCCUCCUGUUGGUGCUGGUGCUUUUCUCCACGCAUCCUACGUGUGCCCUGAGGAGUGCUCACAGCACAGGAGAAGGACAGCACGGCGGUAGCAGAAGUUGGAGCUUUCCCAGAGCACUGCGGAAGGUCUUGGGGCAGCUGCUGCUCCGCACAUCAGUGACCACAGACCAUCAGCCAGAGGAGGGUGUUACAGCAGGAGUGUCACCAAGCACUGCGGUGGUGCAGGACUGCACGGUUUUGCUAACAGCGGUGUCCUCAAGUUGAGUUUGGUGGCUGAAGAGCUGAAGGCAGCGCAGACUCUUAAGGACCCUUUGCCUCUGCCAACCCCACAGACCAGAAUCCAAGAGCUGCAGCACAAGGCUCUGUGAACACAAUGAACCAAAACCAGAAUCCUGGCCAUUCUGGAUUUAAGAACCCUGCAUGGCUGCUGGCACUUAAAGAAGAGAGGGAAAAACUCCAGCUGCUGAUGAGUGGGAAUAUAUUCAUCAGAAUGUUCUUGGGUUUGCUGGAUAGGUGGCAGCCACCUGAAAACAUCAGAGAGCAAUGCGAAAACAUCAAAAAGCAAUACAUGGAAAAGGUGCUGCACACAGUGUUCUUCUUUGGAAGGCUGAAUCAGAGGCAGAUGAGACCCAAUGAGUUCCUAGACAAUGACACUUUCAAGCAUCUGCAGAAGAUGUUCCCCCUGUCAUUCCAGCAGUACAGCACCCACCUGCCCAGCCUGACACCAUACUCCAUCGUGCUGCAAUUUGGCAGUGAAGUAGCAGGAUGCCGCACCAGAAAUGAAAUGGAGUCUUUCUUGCGUGAAUUUAAUAAAACUGUGGAAAAUGCAGUGAACAGUACACCUGACCUGAGCUUCAGUAAUUACACCUUCAAAGCUGCAGUUGUCGCUUACAGCUCCUACAGAGAACCCGGAAAACCUCAGAAUGAAGCAGGCUUCCCACUCUUUUAUGGAGCAUCUCUCUCCUGCAAAGGGUGGAUAGAGAAGAUGAUCAUGAUUAGCAUCCUGUGCCUAAGGACAUGGCACAAAGCGGUGGCGUUCGCUGUGUACCACGGGAAGGACAGUCUGGCCAUUGUCUUUCCCGAGGAAGUGCAGUGCUGCGCCUUCUACUACAAGAAUGGAGCCUUCUUGGAAAAGGCACCUUGCGUGAACUGCAGAACGAUGUAUAGAGUCGACUUCCAGCCAUAUGAGGGUGACGACAGGGAGAAAGUUGGAUGGCCGCAUGGAAACUGUGCUGAGAAUGAGUGCCUGAGCAAGCUGCUGCUCGGUGUGCCACGGCUGCAGGAGAGGCUCACCACGACACACAGUCCCCAACAGCCAAACGACUACACGGCCAUCGAGAAAGAGUUUGCAGACAUCAUAGAAGGAGAUGUUAGAAAUCAGCUUAAAGGCCUACUUCAGAAAAAGGAUUUUCCUCUUGAUCUGCAGUACUUUGAACCAUAGUGAGUGCUGGAGAGGCAGAUGCUGAGCUGUGUAUCAGCACAACACCCCUGAGCCGCUGUAUUCCUGCAUACUCCCAUGGGUUACCCCACUGAGCUACGGAUGGUGCAGGGCAUGUGAGGUCAGAGCAGCUGAGAGCCCCAAACAUUACAACCACUCCAGCCCCAGAAGGUAACAGCGUGGGAAGGAGGAGGGCCCUCUCACUCCACCUUUAUGCUGCCUCCAAACCCAGCUACAUGCUCGUGCCAGCUGGUUGUGCUCAAAUGGGGUGAGGAUGCAGCCUGGCUCCAUGUCCUGCAAACAGCACAGUGGUGGGAUACCCAUUUGCCCCUUGCUAGACUCCAGCACACAGAGCUUUGCUUUUCACCUGCGUAAAUAAACAUAUCUCUGAUUUUCAGUUA